AUGAAAACAAAUAAUUUGGUGAGGAAUUGGGAAGGUUUUGAGUUCAAAGCUAAAAAUGAGAACAAUUAGUUUUCCAAGAUUGGUUUCAGAAAGUUAUCCUGAAUCUUUUAAAUAAAAAUUUGGCGACUUAAACUUGGGAAAAAAAUUAGGGGAAUAUUUUUGUGGCCGAAAAAUGUCCUGGAGUUCAAAAUGAAUGAAAAACCACGGAAAAAUUACCAUAAGGCUUUAACCUCUCAAUAUGACCUAGACUCUCAUAAUUCAAAAACUCGUCCCCGUCCCCGACAUCAAAAUCCUUUUUUAGUCUUUCCCGAUUUCAGCAGAAAAGUAAAACAAGAAGUACACCAGUGAAAAUCGAGAAAGAGCCAAACACUCCGAUUUCACCGGAAACCAACGCAACAAAAGUCACAAACUCAAAAAAUUCCACCAAAAAAAUUCUCAAAACCGGCGUUAAAAUUCUGAGUGCCAAACAAUAUUUGUGGAAAGUGCUGGGACAUUUGGGGUCCGGUGGAUUUGGCGAUGUCUUUAAAGUGGAAGAAUGCCAAAAACCUGGACAAUUUUAUGCGAUGAAGACAGAAGUGCAUGCGGCAAAAAUGGCGAGAUUGAGAAUUGAAUUGCAGAUUUUGAGUGAGAUUAAUGAUUAUAUUGAUGAAAAUAAAGAAGAGAGACAUUUUUGUGAUUUAUUGGAUAAUGGAAGUACUAAAGAGUUUUCGGUGGGUUUAAUUGGGAAUUUUUUUGGAAUCUGGUAAGCUGAAUGUGCUGAAUGAAGAUUUCCAACAGAAAAAUGCAACCCAAGUCCCACUAACUAAAAUAAAUUUUUGUAGUGGAUUGUGAUGACAUUAAUCGGUCCAGCAUUGGACAGUGUUCGUCGAAUGCUUCGACGACAAUUCUCAAAAACCUCAGUCAUAAAUAUGUCUCUUCAAAUUCUCGACGCAAUUCGUCUUAUGCAUGCUGUCGGCUUUAUUCACCGCGAUUUGAAACCAUCAAAUAUUUGUGUUGGUGUUCCGCCGCAAAAUGAAAAUGUUUUAUUUUUGCUGGAUUUUGGGAUAAGUCGAAGGAUUUUCAAAGGACCAAAAAGCACGGAGUUGAGGGUAAAUAUUGGGAAAGGGAUGGUGGGGGGAUAUUUUGAGAUUUGAAGCUUCUAAAAAUUAGGAAAGUAUUUUUAAGAUUGUUCUUUUCCGAAUUUUUAGUUUUCUGAAAAAAUUCCAGGAAAAUCAUCUAGAUUUGUUCUGAAAUUUUAGUGGGCUUCAAAAGACCAGCCGCCAAUUUAAAUUUCUAAAACCUAACGCGGUCCAAUUUUUUUCUUGAUGGUCAGGUUCAGAAACUGAAGUUCCAAAAUUCCAAGAUAAUUUUUCAGGCGAAUUUUGAAAACAGGAAAUUAAUAAUUUCAGUUUUCUGAAACCCGAGAUUCCAAGUUCAGACAUAAUUUUUUUGACAUGAAGUUUUUAAUAUUCUAGAAAUUCUUUAAAAUUAAUCAUCAAAAAUAUCAAUAAAAUAGCUCAAACCAACUAAUUUUAACAAAAGUUUUUCACAGAAAGAACGAAAAAAGGUGAUGUUUUUUGGAACACGAAAAUUCUGCAGCCGCGCAUGUCAUUUGGAAAUGGAUCAAGGACGAAAAGACGACAUCGAAACGUAUAUUUAUACAAUUCUAGAUCUUAUGCACAAUGAAAAAGGAUUACCGUGGAGCACUUCACUUUUGGAGCCACAAAAAAUCAUUGAGAAGAAAACUUUGUUGUUCAAAAAUCCGCAAAAAGAAUUGCACAGUUCGAUUCCCAAACAAUUUUAUGAUAUAAUUGAAUAUGUUGGAGAUUUGAAAUUUGCCGAUUCGGUUGAUUAUAAAUUGAUUGAAAACAAAUUGAGACAAUUGGCAAAAGAGCAAAAUGUGAAAGUGGGAAAUGUUUUUGAUUGGAGUGGAAAAUUGGAAAUUUUGAUUCGAGAAAAGGAAAAGAAGACGAAUAAUCACAAGAAAACGUAGGAUUUUUAGGGGGGAAUUGUGGGGAUACUGUAGGUUUUAUGGAAAUAUUUUUGAUCUACAGUACCGUGCAAUGAGAUAUACAAUUUUUGUUUUUGGCCAAUUUUGGCGCCAAAAUGGUGAAAAUGGUUAGAAAACAUUUUCAGGGUUAUUUUUCAUGCUGAUUCUGACCUUAUUAAUUUUUUCAUUUGAUCUCAUCUUGAUUCCUGAUGUUUUCUAGAUCGAUGAUCAAAAAUCCAUUUUUGGAUAUUUUGACAAAUUUCAGAAAACCGUUGAGAAAAAAUAUUUUUAGCUUCAAUUAUCAUUGGAUUGAGUUUUCCAAGCUUACAGGAGCAUGUUAGCUGUCGAUUCCGACCUCAAACUAAGGAUUUCAUUGUCUACAAGGCUCAUAUUGAAAGCUCCAGUAAGACCAUCCAGAAAAUCUGAAAAUACAGAAAUCUGGAAUUUUCAUGAAAUUUUAUCGUUGAAUAUUGUUCAACACACUCUAAUUAGAUCAUUUGAACCAUUCAACACAAAAUUCCAAUCAAAUUUCGAAGUUUUAACUCAAUUCGUACAUUACUGGAUUUUCGAUGUUUCUCUAGAUCUUUGAUUCUACAACAUCAAGAACAUCAAAACUGCCCUUUCAUUGUUCUAACUUAUUGUUUAGAUGUAUUUUCAUGUAUAUCAAGUGUCAUGAAUGUGCUAGCAGUCGUAAAUUGAGAUUGCUAGGAGCUCAAAGUUGACCUCUAUGAAAAUCCUUCAUUUUCCAUUGGUUUUCUUUAUAAAAUUACCCUAUUCUGGUAGUUCGAUGUUUAUUGAUCUGAUGUAGAGCCGGUGCAUGGUUUGAGCUCGGAUAAUUAAUAGUCGGUGUUCACAAUUGUUAUGAGAAUGAAAUCCAACAAUGAAAAGUCAAUUUUGAUGUUCUUGAUGUUGUCGAAUCAAAGAUCUAGAGAAACAUCGAAAAUCCACUAAUGUUCGAACUGAGUAAAAACUUCGAAAUUCGAUAGGAAUUUUGUAUAGAAUUGUCCAAAUGAUUUAGUUAGAGUGUUUUGAACACAUUUCAACAAUGAAAUAUCAUGAAAAUUCCAGAUUUCUGUAUUUUCAGAUUUUCUGGAUGGUCUUACUGGAACCUUCAGAAUGACCCUUGUAGGCAAUGAAAUCAUUUGGUUGAGGUCGGAAUCGUGAGCUAACAUGCUCCUGUAAGCUUGGAAAACUCAAUCCAAUGAUAAUUGAAGCUAAAAAUAUUUUUUCUCAACGGUUUUCUGAAAUUUGUGAAAAUAUCCAAAAAUCGAAUUUUGAUCAUCGAUUCAGAAAACUUCAGGAAUCGAGAUGAGAUCAAAUGAAAAAAUUAAUUAGGUCAGAAUCAGCAUGAGAAAUAACCCUGAAAAUGUUUUCUAACCAUUUUCACCAUUUUGGCGCCAAAAUUGGCUAAAAACAAAAAUUGUAUAUCUCAUUGCACGGUACUGUAACUCUAGUUACUCUGGUAUAUUUUCAAUCUUUCAAAGUUCUAAAAAUGUUGAUAAAGAAUUUUCUGAUACUGUAGUGUUUGAAAUUAUUAGUGAUACAGUACACCUGGAUCCACAAAAUUUUUUCCACGGUUACAGUAACUCCACAGUAUCUAAAGUAAUCACUGUAGUUUGAAUUGUUUCUCAAAAAAAUUAAAUUCAUUUUUUUUGAGAUAAAUUGGUGCAUUUGAGUUUCGGUUCUGAAAAUAUAACUUUAAAAAUGUUGAAGAAGGAUUACAACCUGUCCCAUCUUCAACAUAUCAUAUUAUUUUUCCAGAAGUUGGCAAAAUGAACAAGAUGGUGAAAUAAUUCGAGACGCAAAUGUCAGUGAAUUACGAGAUGUAACACAUCAAAAAACGGAUAGAACUGUGAAUCAAACACGAAGACAAAGUGAUAUACAAAAUGCAUUGAUGACUGUUAAACAAGGUCAAUCGAAAAAGAGACAAGCGACACCUGAUUCGAAAAUCCAGCAGAGUACACCGGCAAAAAGUAAAGUGAGUUUGGGCAAGUUGGAAAAUGGUAGUAGCUUGAAAUGUCUUCAUGGGACAAAGCAAAUUUUGAGAAAAAAACAUCUCGAUGUACUUUUCCUAACUUUUUUUUCAGUCGAGGACAACUCGCAAAGAUGUGGCAGCCAAAAAACCUGGAGAAAAAUCGAAAACUGCAGUCACUACUGAAACUGUUGAAAAGAAAAAGGAGAAAAAAAAGGAGAAAAGAGAGAAAAAACAAAAAGAAAAAGAAAAGGAGGAAAAAAAGAAGGAAAAUGAGAAGGAAAAGAAGAAAGUUGUGAAAAAAAUGGAAGAAAAAGAUGAAGAAAUGAAAGAAGAACCAACACAAAAACCAUCGACUCUAACAAAUAUUUCAUCGAUUGUUGGAACGAAGCCAGUCACAAUUUCGAAAAUUUUGAAAUGA